AAAUAUUCCUGUUCUCUUCUACGUCCAUCAUUGAAAAUGAGUAGUAAACAAGGCCAGCUGGACAAGGAAAAGGGAAAUACAUCUUUCAAGGCAGGGGAUUAUGCGAUGGCUGUUGGACAUUAUUCCUCCGCAAUUGUGAACGAUCGAAAGGAUUACACGCUUCCUUUGAAUCGUGCUGCCGCAUACCUCAAGUUAGGCAAAUACGACGAUGCGGAAAGAGAUUGCACGACCGUUCUAUCUCUGAAUAUAUCCAAUGCCAAGGCUCUCUUUCGCAGGUCACAGGCUCGUGUCGGGAUGGGAAAGCUGAAGGAGGCCGAAGGCGACCUUAGAGCUGCGGCGAAACUGGAACCCUCGAACGUGUCUAUUACUCAAGAAAUAACCAAGGUUACAGAUGCCAUAAAACGCUCGAUUACCAUUUCCAAGACUAAACCCAUCGAUGUUACACUCAAUUCAAAACCAACGCGUCGCAGAAUUCCGAUCACCAUCGUUGAGGAUACAGUUGAAAAACCAUCAGCAUCUGGGAUUUCGUCUAUGUCUGAAAAGAUUGAACCCUUUACGCAACCAGUAGCGACAAAACAAACGGAAAUACAGCCGAUCCAGGCCUCGAAAGAAGAACGCACAUCUUCGACUCCCCAAGUGACAUACACAGAAGCAAAACGGAGCCGAGACGACGUAAAAACUAGCCGCGUGGGCGGGGGGAUUUUCAGAAGCGAUGGCCCAAAUACGAUAUUCCCCACGAGAGAAGUGACUGUCCCUAAAUCCAAUGACGCAAAGGCCGCCACCUAUCCCAUAACGCAAAAUUUUCCAGCGUCCACGGCCCCGAAAUCGCCUUCAGUUCCUGUGCCCAAAACAUUAUAUGACCUAACAAAGGCUUGGGAUAUGCAUCCGUCAACUGAGGAGCGGUUCCGAAUCAUCACAAGUGUGCCUCCAGCACAACUACCGGUUCUCUUUCAGGCGUCGCUAGAGCCAAGCUUUCUGGCAUCCAUCGUUGAAAUAUUUAGGAGCGCUUCCGACGAAGAAAAGAAUGCCUCGAUUGUCGUCGAAUAUCUAGACGCGCUGUCAAAGGUUCCCAGAAUUGGUACGAUUACACUGUUUCUGAGUGAAGGAGAGCGUACGGUACUACGGAGGUUAGUAGAGAAGGUAGGCGUAGAUAAAGUGAAUGCAGUAUGGCGAAAGGUGUAAAUAAAUCUGCAGUUUCGGCAUUUGCCGGAACACUGUCUGUUUAGGACUACAAUGAGUUUCCAGGACAUCGAAGCAGGCUACUCCCAUCCUGCCACCACCACGACUUCGUCCGUGCCAAAGUCGAGCGAGGAUGCUGCAUUUCUUUCCCUUCAAUCGUCGCUUUCCUUACAAGUAUUCAAGAUGAACGCCAAUGUACAGGGCAUCCUCAAGCUCGUGGACCAGCUGGGUACAGCGAAGGAUUCUGAUACUCUCCGAAAGAGCUUACAUGAUUUGACGGAGAGCACCCGAGCAAUGGCCAAACGCGGCUCUGAG